AUGGCUCCCGCCGCUCCAGCUGAUGCCUCUGCUGGUAUCGUUGCAGAGUUGAUCAAGAAUGAUCACGUUCGAUGGUGGAACAAGCCCAAUCUCCGUACCCUAUACCUCCUACUUGUCCCUUUCUGUUUGUUCAUUGAAUCGACGUCUGGCUUCGAUUCGUCCAUGAUGAACGGAAUGCAAGCGCUCAAAUACUGGCAAGAUUUCUUUGGCCAUCCUAAGGGAGGAAAGCUGGGUCUGUUGGUCGCUUGCUACAAUCUCGGAGCUUUGACCAGUAUUCCCUUUAUCUCUAUUGUGUCUGAUCAUGUUGGACGACGAUGGAGUAUUGUUUUCGGAUCAGUCAUCAUGAUUAUUGGAUCGAUCAUGCAGGGCUUAUCGGUGAAUCUCGCAAUGUUCGUCUUCUCUCGCAUUUUCCUCGGUCACGGUAUCGUCUAUGCUAUCGUUGCAGGAGCUGCUCUCCUCGGUGAACUCGGACACCCCAAGGAGCGAGCUUUCCUUGGAUCUAUGUUCAAUGCAUUCUACGGUGUGGGUGCAAUCCUUGGUGCAGGCAUCGUUAUCCGCACGCUUCUGAUCCCUAACAACUGGAGUUGGCGCCUACCUAGUCUUCUCCAAGCUCUUCCAUCCGUAAUUCAGAUUGGCUUCGCUUUCACUGUCCCCGAAUCUCCACGUUGGUUGAUCUCCAAGGACCGUGGAGAGGAGGCACUUGCGAUCCUUAUCAAGUAUCACGCUGAAGGUGAUGCCUCAAACGAGCUCCCGCACGUCGAAUAUGCAGAAAUCAAGCGCGCUCUUGAGAUCGAAAAUGAAGGCCGUCGCCGUGGAUGGGCCGAGCUAUUCCAGACUCCUGGAAUGAGGCACCGAAGCAUGGUCGCCGCUUUCUUAGGUGUAUUCGUCCAGUUCUCGGGCAACAACCUUAUUUCACAAUACCUCGUCCCCAUUCUCGCAAAGAUUGGUAUCACCGACGCGCACACUGUUGUCCGAUACAACGUAGGAACGCAGGCUUGGGGUUUCCUCGUCGCUCUCACCAUGGCAAGCAUUACGCCCCGUUUCCCUCGUCGCCGCAUGUACCUCCUCUGCGCUUCUUGCUUGUUGUGUGUCUACACUGCAUGGACAAUUGCCCAAGCUAGGAACCGAAUCACGAAGUCGACCAGCAGCAGUUAUGCAGUGCUCGUUAUGAUCUUCCUUUACCAGCCCGCGUACUGCCUUGGAUACAAUGCUUUGACCUACGUUUACCUAGUCGAGCUAUUCCCCUACUACGUCCGAACAAAGGGUCUAUCGUGGUUCCAGCUCUUCGGCCGUUCCGCCGUUAUGUUUGGUAGCUUCGUGAAUCCCAUUGGAUUGGAGAAUGCCGAUUGGAAAUACCUUAUCGUUUACGUCUGCUGGCUUUGCUGCGAGAUCGUGAUUAUCUACUUCUUGUUCCCAGAGACAUACGGAAAGACCUUGGAGGAACUCACUUUCCUGUUCGAAAGCGAACAGGAGGACCGAGCGAAGUUGGAGCAAUCUGCACACAAAGCACUGGGUGCCGAAGGACCAGUGACCGAAGUGGUCGAACACCCAGAGAAGGCGGCCUAA